GCAUGGCGUUUUCCACAGAUUGGAAAAAACUUUACAUCACCUACGUAAGCACUACGAUAUCUGCGUAGUGCUGCGCAUGUGCUCUAAAUUUUCUACGGAUCGAGUUAAACUUUACAUCACCGGGGACAUUUAGGAGUGUUGCACAAAGAGUGUCAGUUAUCCCUGCUGAGGAUCCAUCAUGGACAGAAGUCAUACUAAAAGAAAGCACCGUAGUAGAAGUCAUUCAGAGUCUCAUAACAAAUCUGUGAAAAAUAAAUCUACUCGCCACAGAGACGACGACAGCAGCAGCAGCAGCAGCGCUUCCCCUUCAUGGAAAAGUUCAUCUCGUGUCAAAUAUCAUGCUGAUAUCUCCAGAAAAGAGAAAGGAAAGAGAAAGAUGAGCUCUUCAUCAUCUUCAUCAUCAGAGAAGAAGAAAAGACGGAAGCGGAAGGAUAGCACAUCAUCUUCAUUUAGCUCGUCGUCAUCAUCAAGAAGUUCAGAGGAAUCAAGAGACAGUUCAAAGCACAGGAAGAAAAAGAAAACAGACAAAAAGGUUAAAAAAAAGAAAAAGGUGAAAAAGAAAAGCAAAAAACAUAAGAAAGAUUUGGUCAAAGUGAAAGCCCAGAAAACACCAAUCAUGACUGAAGAUUUCCAUCCUGGACCCUCUCUAGAUCUGUGGCAGAAGGAGUCUAUGGAAAACACUGGCCCAGUUUUAACUGAUGAACAAAAAACUCGUAUUCAAGCAAUGAAACCAAUGACCAAGGAAGAGUGGGAUGCCCGUCAGAGUGUUAUCCGCAGAGUGAUGGAUCCUGAGACUGGUAGAAUAAGACUUAUUAAAGGUGAUGGUGAAGUACUUGAAGAAAUUGUAAGCAAAGAAAGACACAAAGAGAUCAAUAAGCUUGCAACCGCAAAUGAUGGCUUAUCUUUUCAGAUGAACUCAGGGAUGUUAUAAUGGCCAUUUUCCAGCAAAUUGUUGGAUUUUCAUGUCUACACGUCCUACUUCCAAGGUAUAUUUUCAGACAAAAGACUAUGUUAGAAUCGUUAUUGCUUAAAAUGUUGUACAGGGUUCACACUAUGUAUGAAGUGUAAUAUUUUUCAUAAAAUGACAAAUAUUGUCAUAUUAGCACUUCAGUCUGUUCCUUUUCAGUUAUUUUCCAUGCUAAAUAAAAGUAGGACUGUAUUCCUAAACUUUUAGUUGGAUAGUUUUUUCAUAUAUUUUUUUUUUUUCAUACGAAGUUAGAAUAGAUUAUAGUACAUCCCUAUGCACACAACGGCACCUGAGUAAAAGGAUAACCAAAACAUAAAAAAUAAGAUCAAUGUUUUGAGGUCAUAUGCAAAGGGGAGACCAGGUAGUGUGAGUUAAAAAUUGCUUAUAACUAUCAGACGUCUACUGAUCAUUGCUCAAGAGAUUUACACCCUGAUUUGUGUUUCUAGGUGGUGUAGUUUCUAAACACUUGCAUGGGUUUCCCCUUGUUCUUAAGGGUCCCCUGCAUGGGACUGUUUUUUUUAAUUUUUUUUUAAUUUUUUCAAUCUUGCUCCCGCAAGGUGUUUGGUCCACUCCCACCCAACAUGCCACCCCGAGCCAUUUUGAAUUUGCCACACACCCCAGUACCAUUUUUUUUUUUUUUUAUCUUUCCCUUCCCGCCUCUCCUUACUUCCCUUCCCUCUGAUCCCCUAGUUGUUUCUCAUCUGUCCUGUGUCCUUCAGUAUGCUCCUACAGGCUCAGGAGCAGGGUCUUGGUGGAUCCAACAGUGAUUUAAAGUUGCCCCCUCCACUUUAAACCAGUCAACAGCUCCCCCGAGUUUGCAGUCUGUCAUAGAGGCUGGAUCUGCGGUGUAGGAUUUGGGGGACCUGCAGGCAUAGAGCCUGACCGCUUGCAGCAGCCUCAUUCCCACCCAAUCCAAAAAAGUUGUUAUAAAAGAAUCCUGGGCAAGUCUGUCACUGUUUUAUGCUGCCUGCGGAUUGGGCAGCAUGAAACUAUUACAAAUAUAUGAUUCAGGCUGAAUCGCUGCACCGUUUUUCAUACUCAUGACAGGGCUUCCGAGUCAUCUGGGUAGUCCCUGGUGGCUUCUCCCCACCCUACCAGUCAUGAUUUCUUAUCAUGGAUUUAUUAGCAUUACCACAUGCUACUGAUAAAAGUAAUGCUGUAGUACUUCAUGAUGAUUAAUAACUUCAUGUUUCUCCCCAUUUUAUGCCACUUAUAAGGAGUCCUUAUGAAGCAGUUGGAGAGGUACCUCCAAUCAGCAAAUAAAAAGUUGUUGUGGACUGUUAAUGCUGUAUUUGGGUACGUUCACACUGCUGAAUUCCACGCAGUGAACAGUACCAUCAGUGUGAAUGGGUCUUCCCCGAGACACGAUCACACUGCGGAAUUUCAGCGGCGGACAAUUCCGCUGCUGAAAUUGUUCCACGCAGAGAAAGAACAUGUUCAUUCUUUGCGUGGAAUUCCACGAGUACUGCAUAGCUGUCAAUGGUGAAGGCGCAAUGCCGUACGGUCUUACCACUGAAGUAUUUUCGGUGGCGGCGGCCGCCUGACUGAAUCUCUGCGUGCGGAGAUUCCACAGUUUGAACAUACCUUACAUAGUCUUUCUCCUCCAGAAGCAAAUCUCCGUAUUGCUGUGAUGUAGGCAACCACAGGGGCUCAGAUUAAUGCAUUAUACCUAAGGGCACAUUCACACUACAGAAUUCCCAAGAGGCAGCAGCCUCUUAUUGGCUUUAGAGGAAUUCUGCUGCAUCGUGCCCAUUGCUGAAUUUCUCAGCCACAGAAAUUCAAAUUCUGGGGGGCGUGGCGUGACGCUGACGAAGAUGGCCGCACGGUGUUAGUGCUCCACCAUGAGGUCCUCUGCCCGCUACUUCUGCCCGGACCGCUGUGCUAUUUAUGGGGAAAUCCUUGCGGAGGACCCCUAGGAGACCCCCCGCUGCUGUCCACCUGCCUCCAACGGCAUCACAAAGUUCCUGGGCCCAGCACUACCUCGGGGCUCUGCUGGCCUACACGCCGGUGGAGCCCUGCCUACAGCAUCUGCUCCCGGCCAGGUCCUCCGGCGCCUCCUGCAUCGCCGGCCGCAACCUCCGUUCUAUGUGUGCUCCCGGCCCCUGGGGACCUCCGCUUACCUGCCCUGCGGUCCUCUGAUCCUGAGGGGGAAGAGCCCUGCAUGCAGCCCAGGAAUACUGGUGCGGCUGCUGGAUCCCUGGUCUCUCCGCGGCUCUCUGCAGCAGUGAAGGUAGGAGCUGCGGACUCAGGCGCACGGCUGCGCUCUCCUCUUGUCUGCCAAGGCUCUCCGGCACAGUCUCCCGGCUCCUCCAGCCUCUCAUCUCCUCUGCAGUACCCUCAGCAUAAAGGGCUGCAGGUUGCCCCUCUGUCCACCUGGGCUGCCAUUGUAAAGGGGUCCUCCAUCUCACUCCCCCUGUCACCUGACCUGCCUGCCUCCUCCGCUGCUGAGGUGCCCCUGUCUGCCUUAUCAGGGGCCCUGCAGGCCACCCUGGACUGGACAGCUCCCUCUCCCCUCCUGGACCUGGGGGAUUCUGCUGACCCCUCUGCCUCUAAACCACCUCGGGCACCCCGCCUGCUCACUUCGCCACAGGGGUUUUCCAAAUCUGACUCCCUGGCCGCUGUACCAUCUCCUGCCCAGAUGCCUGGCUCCCGCUCUGCU